CGGGUCGUUCUUUUAUAAACAUGGCAAAACAGCGAAAACUAAAAUGUUAAACAGUCGUUACAUGCUCGAGUCAUGUUCAGCAGUAAGGAGCAGCUGUCCAUCAGUCAGGUCAUGUGUUUUCUCCAUGAGUGGGACCAGGCCAAUAAAACAGUGCGCAGUCGAAUGCUGAGGGAUUUUCUGGACAAGAACGAAGGAAAGACGUGCCCUGAACUGGAGCUGGAGUUUGCUCAAGUCGCCAGCCUGUUCCUGUCUCGACUCACUGCCUGGUUAAGACUAACAUACAUGUUUGGAACAUGUCUAGACCUUCAGUUGAGAGCGGUGGGCGUAUUCCUCUCUGACAGCAGCAAUCAUCAGUACAUGAUGGAGUUUCUGGAGGUUGGUGGAGUGCUGACCCUGCUGGAGAUUCUAGGACAGGACAAACUCAAAGAAGAGGACAAGACCGAAGCUCUUCGCCUGCUUCAGAUCAUCAGCAACACCGGCCAAAAAUAUAAAGAGCUUGUCUGUGAAAGCUACGGUGUGAAGGCCGUAGCUGAAUGUUUGGCCAAGUCUGAGACGGAGGAGACUCAGGAGACCGCAGCCGCCUUUCUCGAGUCUUUGGCACACGGAAACCCCAAAUACCAGAAUCAGGUGUACAAAGGGCUGAUCGCUCUGCUGACCUGCACUUCACCACGAGCACAACAGCUUGUUUUACAGAUCCUGCGUAUAGUUCAGCCCAUUGUCAAAUCAGCCCAUCACAGCAUUGUGGAACCCCUACUAAAUCUGCUGAGAUCUCCACAUUUAGAAGUGCAACAUGAAGCCAUAGAGCUGAUAACAGAGCUCAUGCAUUCAGAGGUUGGACAGGCUUUGCUCAGGGGUCUGGUGGCUUUUCUCAAACCAACUAAAGAGAGAAUCCCCAAACACAAGAUCCUGGAAGAUCAAGAAAUGGCCAAAACAACCGAUUCACUCCCUGUGCUCCUCCAGCAAGCAGCUUCUGCUAAAACCAUCAGGAUUUUGGCACAGAGGAGUGAGGACGUAUCCAAAGAGCUGCUUUCUCUCAGAGUGAUCCAUCACUUACUGUAUGCAAUGGGAAACCAGCAACAUGCAGAUUCACAGAGACAAGCUAGUCUGGCUUUAGAGCAUUUUGUGCGCAUGUAUCCAGUGGUGGAAGAGCAUGUACGCAGAGCUAUGGGCGCUGCACUGUUUGAGUCUUUCAUGCACAAUGUUGAUGUCCUGCAUUUGAGCAUGGAUGACAUUCAAGCUGACAUUUUACGCUCAAAUAAAGUGAACAUAUCAUGUGUACUUGAAGGAGAGAUUUCAGAUGACUGAACAUUGCUUGAAACAAGAUCAACAAUAAGAUCAAAUUUAGUUCAUUGUGUUUUAUACAGAAAUUAAUAAAGGUUAUCACACAGAUAGUGAAA